GGAAAGUUACCGUUCCCUGUGUCAGCUUCCUCUCUCUCGCUUUCAUCCCCUCAUCCUGGCAGCAGCGGCAGCAUCAGCGGCAGCAGCACAAGCAGUGGCAGCAGCAGCGGCGGCAGCAGCAUCAGCGGCAUCGACCUGGGAUUAGCGUGACGUCACUGCCACAGCCAGACUGAAUAUAUAAUUGAUGCUUUUUUUGCUGAGAGCCACGCUCUCCCUCUCUCCUCACAGUCAACACUGGAGACAAAGGGAGGAAGGAGGAGGAGGAGGAAGCUGGGAAGAGAAGAAGAGAAGCAGCAGAAGGAGGAAGAAAGAGAGAGAGAGAGCUGGAAUAAGAGAGUGAGAGAGCUGGAGGGAAAGGAAGCGUAGAGCGGAAAAUCUUAUUUUAGCUCUGUGACUGUGAGCUUCAGCUUUCCUCACACAUCUUCUACGUAUCCCUGCUCUCUCUCUUGUUUACCUCCUUUAACGCAUCUCUAAGAAGACGAGAAGAAGAGAAGAGAGGAAGAGAAGAGAGGAAGAGAAGAAGCCUGAAAGAGUGAGUGGAAGAGAGAAAGAAUAGGUUUACCUCCUCCUCCUUUGUUCUGGACAUCUCUGGACUAUAUUUGAUGUUGAAUAAGAUCCAGUGGAUUGUACUUGUUUUCGAUGCGAUAUUUUUUCGUUUUUCCAUUUUGGCGUCUUCUCAAUCUCUCUUUUCUUGGUCUUUAAGGCUCUCUAACGUGAAGAACAUGGGUGGCCAUUGGUAGAAUCAACCAUACCGUCCAUCAACAAGGAACACGGACGUCAAUAAAACAAAGCUCAUCAACUAAUCAGAACCAGAGAUCCAAACAAGACGUCCAUAAGACUCGGACGCCUUCAGAAAGCUGACCUCAGAAGUUCAGAAAGCUCAAAAAGCGAACCCAAGAUCUCGAUCUGCUCCAGAUUUUACCCUGCUGCUCUUUGUCCUCAACACUUGCAGGUUAAUGGGGAAUCGCUGGCGCUGUAGAAGAGCGUUAGUUCACUUGGGGUCAUGAAGAAAAUCUGGUCCAAAAAAAGAUUCCAGAGAGCUGGACACUCUAGCUGGAUGUUUGGAAGACUCACUCAUGUUUUUCGCUUGUGCAGGAAGCAGAGCAAUGACUCAGAAAACACAGAUGAUGAGAACGGGGAAUCCCAGGUCUCCAUGGAGACGAAAGAAAGAUCCAGGGCUCACGCAGCCGGAACUCAUCCAUCAGGUGGUGGAAAGACAACAGUCGCCCACAUCCCGACUCCAUGCGAUGGCCCCAUAGUGGAGAGAGAACUGCUGGCUCUGGGCUCGCGAGCUCCAGGUCUACAGGACCCUCUCCAGCCUGGCAGGCAAGCUAACGCUGGGAGACAAUUGGACUCUUUUACAAAGGAAGCAUCCCCACAUGUAUCCACAAGUCCGCCUUCCCACAAUGCCCAUUUACAGAGCCCCAUUUCUGCUUCACACCCCAUUAGUGACGCAGACUCAACAACAGCCCAAAAUGGUAACAAAAAGAUAGAAGAUGAAGGAGAAAUCCUACAGGAAAUCCCAGGAAAGACCAAAUCCUCCAGAUCCUCCACCUCGUCUCAGAGCGGUGCCUCCCAAGACUCGGCUAAAGUCCCUCGGGCGAGUUCCAAAAUCUUCGACAAGGUAAAAGCCUUCGAAGAGCGCUGGCACAGCGUGGACACACCAAAAAUGCCCUCGGCAGGACGUUCACGUCCUGGUUUAAUGCAAAGAGCCUUGAGCGAGUCUGAAGAUGGAGGGAGUAAAGCAGUUAAUACCUGUGAAAACCCUGUGAGUGACGUCGCACUCAAGAGAUCCAUCUUCAAGCAAAGAGCCUCAUCGCUGGAGGAUCGACCCACCUACGCUCAGAAGGUCCAGACCUUUCAGAGCAAGUUCUCAGAGGAGCUUCAGCGGAUUAAGAAACUUGUUGGGAGGCCUAAUAUUAAGAAAUCGUUCUCAACUGAGUUUGUGGCUCAAACUGAGCCAAGGCAGCCAAUAGGUAAGAUUGAGCCGAUCCAGCUUAAGGUCAAUGAUAGACUUGCAGAUAGAGAAGAUGCAGAUGUGAAAAAGGGUAAAAAUACAGUGUCUCAAGAGGUACCACUACCAAAGAAAACAAAAGCAGAGCUGGAACCUGAAAGCAGAUUGAAAGGAGCAUCUCAAACUCAACCUCUUGAUGCUUUUGAAGGCCAAUCAAGGGAAGAAUUGAAGCAUGGCCGUUUGGUUGAAGGCACCAUCACCAAAAAUAAGGUUCCUUUCCACAAAGAACCAGAGCAGAAGGGUUUACAAAGUACGUAUCCUACAUCACCUCUUAAAGAAAAGCCUAAUAAUGAGCAUAAUGAGCAAAAUCGAAAGUCAUCAUCAAGCCCUGUACCCAAAAAAGCACGAAUACCCCUCCAAGACAAACCAAUCCAAGCACCUCCAAAACCCCCUAGACUUCUGUCCUCAGCUUCCACAUUCCCCAGGUCAUCUAAGGGACGAGAAGAAACAACCUCAACCCUACCAGAACUGACCACCAUGACCAUACCUACCAUUGUGGUUGACGAUCAGCCCAUGGAGGAAGAAGAGCCGAUGGCCGUGUCCAAUCAGAACCAAUGCAAACAAACUCAAGAGCAGAAAAGAAAAAGAAGAAGUAGACCCAGGAGACCGGUGUCCCGAGAACAAGAGGACUCGUCUGAUGAUUCCUACAUGUCAGCAGAAGAUGAACCGAUGGGACUUCCUGUGUUUGAACUUCCUCUUAAGGAUGUUGUAGCAGCGACUGGAUCAGAGGUGAUGCUGGAGAGCAUCAUUACAGGAAACCCUCAGCAAGUGACGUGGAAGAAGGGUGAUCUGCAGUUGAAGGACGGGUCGGGGGGGUAUGAGGUGAAGGCGGCGGGGGAUCGGCACGUUCUCCGGAUCCUCCAGAUGAGACCCGGUGACGCAGGAAGCUACUCCAUCACCGCCACCGGCAGCGCAGGCCGGGUCUCCAGCACCGCCACGCUCUUCGUCCAGUCAGAGCCGGUUCAGGUGAGAGGUGGAUCUCUGAGUUUGCCGCUGGAGCAGUCCUGUAGUCCUCUGGCCUCCGAUGAGGAAUUUCUGAGCCCCAUGGAGGAGAACGAGGAGUUUGGGUUCGGGCUAAAUUCAGCUGAAAGACCACGUUUUAAAGAACCUCCCUCUUUCCAGGUCCCUUUGUGUGAUCAGAUAGUGACUGAGGGAGAAGAAGUCACUCUGUGUGUUCAGUUUUGUGGCCAGCCAAAGCCAGUGAUCUACUGGCUGAAGGACAGAGUGAACAUUAAAUCAAGUGAUCGUCACGAGCUUGGUGAAGUGCAGGAUGGGAGAUGUGAGCUACGAAUUAAAUCAGCUGAGAAAUCAGAUGCUGGAGUUUACACCUGCAAGAUUAUUAAUGAGUACGGCACCAAGCAGACCGAGUGCCAGCUGGAGGUCAAAGCUCCUCCUCCUCAGGAGGCUUUAUCCAUCAUCAGCCCCGUGCAGGACAUCAGGGUUCGAGCCGGCAAAACUGCCCUGUUUGAAUGUCUCGUGACCGGCCCGCAGGACACGGACGUGGACUGGCUGGCCAAUGGGAAGCUGAUCCAGCCGGCUUUAUUAGACUGUAAGAUGCAGUUCGAUGGGAAAAGGUGUCGUCUGUUGCUCAGAUCUGUGCAUGAGGACGACAGCGGCUGUUACACCUGCAAACUCAGCACGGCUAAAGAGGAGGUGAUCAGCAGUGCCAAGCUCUCCGUCAUCCCAUCCAAGGAACCUCUCUUCACUCGAAAGCUGGAUCUACUGGAGGUUCUCGAGGGUCGUUCUGCUCGUUUCGACUGUAAAGUCAGCGGCUCUCCCCCCCCCCGGGUUACCUGGACCCACUGUGAACAUCCAGUGGUGGAGAACGAGAAUAUUCAUAUUCUCUCUGAAGGAGGACGACACUCCCUGCUCCUCUCCCACGUGACCCAGCAGGACGAGGGCUUUUACUCGGCCGUUGCGCGAAAUUCUCACGGGCAGGCUGAGAGCUCAGCUGAGCUGUAUGUGCAGGAACCUCGACCCGUCAUUUCCUCCCACAUGUCGAGGUUGGAGAAGAUGCCUUCGAUCCCAGAAGAGCCGGAGGUGCUGGAGGGGGAGACGGAGCGCAGGACGAUGCCGGACUUCAUUAAGCCUCUCAGUGAUGUGGAGGUGGUGGAGGGGAAGGAGGCGGUGCUGAAGUGUAAAGUUACAGGGAUGCCGUAUCCCUCCAUCAGCUGGUACCACAACGGCCAGAAGAUAGACAGCACUGAGGACAGGAAGAUGACACAGUACAGGGAUGUCCACAGUCUGGUCAUUCGGUCAGUGUGUCACGGCCACAGCGGUGUGUAUAAAAGCGUCAUCUCUAAUAAGAUGGGAAAAGCCGUCUGCUAUGCUCAUCUUUACGUGACAGACAUCAUUCCUGACCCUCCCGACGGGCCUCCAGUCGUCGAGUCUAUAAGUGGAAGAAGCAUCACUUUAAGCUGGAAAAGACCAAAAUGUCUUGAUCCAUUCAUUGACCACAGUUCCCUCAUAUAUGCUGUCCAGCAGCAGGCUUUGGGCUCCAUCCAGUGGACGAUUAUAGCAUCUGGUCUGAGGGAGAGCACCUACACCGUGACCUCGCUCUCUAAAGGAAUCCGAUAUGCUUUCAGGGUUCUGUGCAGCACCGGCAAAGCCUUCAGCAAACCCUCCCAACCUACUGACCUGGUUCAGCUCAUCGAUAAAGGGCAAUACUUACGCAAAGCUCCAGUCAUCGUGGACAAACCUGAUGUUGUUUACGCUGUGGAGAACCAGCCUGUUACCAUUACAGUGACCCUCAACCACGUCCAGGCUACAGUUACCUGGAAAAAGAGAGGCAUGGCUCUCAUAAAUAAACCUGGAACACAUGAGAUGUUCAUGCCAGAUGAUGAUCAGCAUGCUUUAAAGAUAUCCAGAGUGAAGGGAUCUGAUAUCGGGCAGUUGAUUUGUAUGGCAAACAACCAGUACGGGAGUGACCUGUGCACUGUACAGCUCGCAAUGGCAGCACCUCCUGCUUUCGAGACCAUAAUGGAAGAUCUGGACGUGUGUGUUGGAGAAACACCUCGUUUUGCUGUGGUUGUUGAGGGAAAACCUGAUCCAGACAUCUUAUGGUAUAAGGAUAAUGUCCUGCUGGCAGAGAGCAGUCACUGUACGUUUGUGUAUGAUGAUCAGGAGUGCUCUCUGGUGGUCCUCAACGCUCAGCUGGAGGACUCAGGAGUUUAUACCUGCACCGCUAAAAACCUGGCGGGAGAAAUCUCCUGCAAGGCCGAGCUCACCGUCCACAUCGCAAAACGUCAGGAGGAGGAAGAGGAACAGAUGGAGGAUGAAGGGAUGAUUCUCAGACGGAUGCGGAGGCUGACAGAUUACUACGACAUCCAUAAAGAAAUUGGCAGAGGAGCUUUUUCUUAUGUGAAGCGAGUGACCCAGAAAAAAGAAAAGCUGGAAUUCGCUGCGAAGUUCAUUUCAGCUCGAGCCAAGAGGAAAACCUCGGCUCUCAGAGAGAUGGAGCUCCUGGCUGAGCUGGACCACGAGAGGAUCCUCUACUUCCACGAUGCCUUCGAGAAGAAAAACAUGGUGGUUAUCAUAACAGAACUUUGCCAUGAGGAGUUUUUGGAAAGACUGACGAAGAAAACCACAGUCUUAGAGUCUGAGAUUCGAUCUUUCAUAAGGCAGAUCUUAGAGGGUAUCGCCUACCUUCACCUGAAUGAUAUUAUUCACCUGGAUAUAAAGCCUGAAAACAUCCUCAUGGCGGACCGAAACAAUGAUCAGAUCCGGAUUUGUGACUUGGGCAGCGCUCUGAAGUUCACGCAGAAUGAAGCUCAGUACUGUAAAUACGGAACUCCUGAAUUCGUCGCUCCGGAGAUUGUUAACCAAACACCCGUUUCCAUGGCAACAGAUAUCUGGCCGGUCGGAGUUAUGACCUACUUGUGCCUAACAGGAGUCUCACCAUUCGCUGGUGAAAAUGAUCGUGACACAUUGCUGAACAUCAGGAAUUCCAACGUGGCGUUUGAGGAGAGCAUGUUCGCAGAUCUGUCCAGAGAAGCAAAGGGAUUCGUCAUUAAGCUUCUUGUAGCAGACAGACUGAGGCCUGAUGCCACUGAAUGUCUUCGUCAUCCAUGGUUCAAGACUCUAACGAAGGGUAAGAGCAUCAACACAACCCUACACAAGCAAGUCCUAUCCAGGCGGAAAUGGCAGCGUUCGCUCAUCAGCUACAAGUCUAAGAUGGUGAUGAGGUCCAUCCCGGAGUUACUCGACGACUCCUCCAGUCACAUUUCCCUCGCUGUACCCAGGAACCUCAAAGAGAGCUCACCACCUCCUUCGUCUUCCUCCGACUCUGAUGAGGACAUUGACGAGCUGCCCUUCAUACCCAUGCCUCUCACCAUGAUGUUUUCUGGCUCACGUAUGUCUUUGACUGAGAUUCACGAGGAUGACGACAUUUCGGGAGCGUCCAACGGCACGUACCAGAAUCUUACUAAGAAAGAAGACGCUGUGGAGCGAAAGGGCGAACAUGAAAAUGGGUUAAACCACAAAGAAACUGUAGAAAGAAAGGCUCAAGAAAAAGGAUUACCAGUGGGAUCAAGUUUAGAAGCAGAAGAAGCCACAACCAAGCCCAGAAGACGAGUGAUGCGAAGGGGUAGCUCUGCCGACAGCGCCCUUCUUCUCCACAUAACACCUGAAGAACUUGCUAUGGAGGAAUCUUCAGACGAAGGUCAGAAGAACAUGAAAAAAGCAGUGUCCAUGGAACUUCCACAUAGAAGCAAUAGCCCCAGUCCUGGAAAACUCAGUCAAGAAGACUAUGCACUGAAACUAGAACUCAUGAGGCAAAGGCUUCUCAAAGGAGGAUCCAUGGAUAAGAAGUUGACUGGGCUUCGUGGUCCCUUGUUUGAGACACUAGGUGUUGAUGACGAAAGAAGGACGUCUUCUCUGGACCGCAACAUGAGGAGAGCUAAGAUGGGAAGCUUAAACCGAGCUACCUCCACCGGUGGUAGUCCUGGCGAGAGUCCACCCAAAUCAAAAACGUUCCGGAAAAGUGCUUCCUUCACUCACGGCGAUCCAGAGCCCAUGCACAUGCACCGAAGAUCUGGGGCUCCACUUGAGAUUCCGUCAGCGCACUCCGGAGAAAGCUUAAACAAACUACAGGAAGAUAAAUCUGCAUCUGUUUCUGCACUUCCUGAGCAAACCAACCAACAUUCAAAGCCUUCAUAUUUGUCUCCAGAGGAGGAUUCCUCUAAACCAAUGACUCUAGAGACUCUAGAACCCAAACGAAUGAUGAAGGAGCAUGAAGAAAAAAGUGUGGAACAUGAAAAAACAAUCGAGAACUCACGAGAGGUGACGCCUCCAACAAAUUUACCAAUUACAAAACAAACUCAAAGUGAUGUUUCAAGCGUUCUCCCACAUGACUUAGCUUCAAUAAGCUCAAGCUCUAGUAUAGUCCAGCCAAAUGGGAACUAUGGAUCUGUAGAUAGACCUUCACCAGUUCUGCAGGAAUCAGAGCCAGACUCAUCUUCUGGAAUUGAGCAUCCAGCCGUCUUCGCAAAAGUGGCCCAACAGCAGCAACCGUCUCUUAGAUCUGAUAUCAAAGACCUGGAAUCAGAAGAAGUCUUUGAAGCAAGGUUUAAGAAGCGGGAAUCGUCUUUAACGCGUGGUUUGAAGCGUCUCACUAGAGCGAAAACUGAGGACAAAUCCCCUGUUCUUCCACGGAAAGCAGGUGAAGAAGUUUACCGUCCAGGACCAACAGGCGCACCGCUAGAGCUUGUGUCAAGAGGACUGCAGGAAAAGUCUAAGUCUUUCCAAGACCUCAGAGAAGUAGACAAGGAUGUUGGUCUUGGAAUGAUUGGGAGGCUGUCAUUGCGUGCAAAAAAGACAAACAGAAGUGAGAGAAAAGAGGAAAAUCUGAAAGACGACAACCUAGAAUCUUCUGCUCCCAGGCGAAGAGUGACCUGGGCUCUGGGACGCAGUAAAUCUCUGGACAAAAAGGCAUCUGACUCUGCAGAUUCCGUCUGUGAUAAAGAAAGAGAUAUACAAAGAGAAAAAGAAAGAGAAAACCUAGGAAGGGACGGCAAGAAGACGCCCGAGUCGCCGAUUCUUUCAAUGAGACGCAAGUUUGAGUCCAAGGUUUCGAGUAUUUCUGACAGAAUGCAAAGUAAGUCACAAGAAAGGAAAGAGAAUAAAGAAAUGGAAGUAAAAAGCAAGAUCCCUGAAGAUCCAAAAGUAAAACAAGACACCAAGAAGGUCAGCGAUUCCCCAGUUCUGGCGAUGCGCAAGAAGUUUGAAUCGUUUUCUGGAUCGCUGAGAAACCGAAGUCAGUCUGAAGAGAGAAGCGGAGAAAAGGAAACCAAGAAAGAUGGAAGCCGAACUCCUCUGUUCUCCCGACUCCGCCUUUCUCAGUCUGAAGGUGUCAGUUUAAAGAAGAUGGACGUCCCUGAGAACGAGUUAGCCUCACAGACUGCCUGUACCGUCUCCAAAGAGUCUUUAGACUCUACGUCGAGCGCCCAGUCUGUAAAAUCAUCUCACACUCCUGAGAGUGACCGCAGGUCUCGAUGGGACCGGUGGGGGUUGUCUAAAGCCAGACGAGACAGAACACCUUCUCAGUCAAGCAUUUCCUCAGCAAAUACAGACAACCAGACAUCUCAUCAGUACAGCAGGUCUACCUCUGAUUUUCCUCCAGUUUUCCAUAUUAAAUUGAAAGACCACAUUCUAUUGGAGGGAGAUCCAGUCAGCCUGAGCUGUCUACCAGCUGGUUACCCCCAUCCAAAAAUUGUCUGGAUGAAAGACAAGGAACCUUUUGAGAUUGAUGACAGGAUGAAUCUGAUGUCCAGCCCAGAUGGAAGACAGCUGCUGAUGAUAAUGAAGACGAGCAGGAAGGAUGCUGGACUUUAUGAAUGUGUGGCAACAAAUAACCUGGCCUCUGCAACUAGUUCCUGCACUGUGUCCCUAGCCAGUAUUCCAAAACGUCCAGGAACCCCUGAGAUCCCUCAGACCUACAACAAUACAGCCCUGGUAUUGUGGAAACCAGCAGACAAUAAAGCUCCCUGCACUUACACACUGGAGAGGAAAACUGAUGGUGAUUCCAGCUGGUUGAUUGUUGCUGCAGGAAUUGCUGAUUGUUACUACAACGUCACAGACCUUCCGCCUGGUGUAAGCUACCGUUUCCGUGUGGCGAGUGUUAAUAAAGCAGGCCAGGGUCCGUACAGCAACGUCUCGGAGAGAGUUGGCAUCAAUUUACCAGUGGGUUCAGUUCCCCAACCUGCUGUAGUGAAGAUGCUUCCCUCAGCUUGUCCUCCAGUUAUGAGCCCCCACGUGACCACGAGUACCACGAGUACCGUAACAUCUCCACAGCCAGCGGCUUCUCCUCCUUCCACUGCUCCCUGGAGAUCUACCAGCACAAGCUCUUCACCUGCUGCACCUUCCUCACCUUCCUCACCUUUCUCACCUUCCUCACCUGCCUCCACAGCUCCGUCACCACCAGCACCUAAUAUCCCCAACACUGCUCAGAUAGUUCCUGUUACCCAGCUGCCCCCAAAGGUCCAAUCUGUCCCCCCGCUGGUUCCAAUCAAACCCAGCAGCCCUGUAAACGUGGUUCCUCCCAUCACGCAAAUCCAGGCAGUGACCCAAAGACCGUACACCGCCCCCCCGUCAGUGGGCCGGCCCAUUUCUCCGAUCCCUACGUACGUCCCAGCCACCACCGCUCGAGUAGCUCCGACUCCACUCUCUCCUCCUCCUGUGGUUCUAGCUAACAGUCCAUCCGGAGACGGAUCCGGUUCCCCCGGAACAGAAACGCCCACAGGACGCGUGAUCCCUUCAACCAAAAGUGAGACCGCCCUGAGGCAAGGAGUUCCACAGAAACCGUACACAUUCCUGGACGAGAGAACCAGAGGUCGAUUUGGUGUGAUACGGGACUGCCGGGAGAAUGCUACUGGGAAAAUGUUCAUGGCUAAGAUCGUGGGCUACGAUCAGGAGACCAAGCAGAGCGUGAUACAGGAAUAUGAUAUUUUAAAAUCCCUUCAUAACGAGAAAAUUAUGGCUCUUCAUGAAGCUUAUGUGACGCCUCGCUACCUGGUGCUCAUUACAGAGUGCUGCACGGGGAAGGAGAUCCUCAGCAGCCUCGUGGACAGGUUCAGUUACUCGGAGGACGAUGUGGUGGGUUACAUAGUCCAGAUCCUGCAGGGCCUGGAGUAUCUGCACAACUGCCGGAUCCUUCACCUCGACAUCAAGCCAGAUAACAUCAUCGUUACAGAACUCAGCGCCAUUAAAAUCAUAGACUUUGGCAGUGCUCAGACCUUCAACCCCCUGUCCCUCAAACAUUACAGCAAGGACCUGGGAACUUUGGAAUACACGGCUCCAGAGAUGCUCAAGGGGGAUGCUGUGGGGCCUCCAGCAGAUUUAUGGAGUUUAGGAGUUGUCACAUACAUUAUGCUUAGUGGCAGACUGCCAUUCCAGGAGAAAGAGCCGCUGCAGACAGAGACCAAAAUAAAAGCAGCAAAGUUCGACUCGACAAAGCUGUACCCAAAUGUUUCCCAAAGUGCCUUGGCUUUCCUCAAGAAAGUGCUAAACGGUUAUCAAUGGUCACGACCCACCAUUAAAGACUGCUUCAGCCACGCUUGGCUGCAGGACUCUUAUCUUAUGAAGCUUCGCCGGCAGACUCUGACCUUCACCACCACCCGACUGAAGGAGUUCCUCGGAGCGUACGAGCGCCGGCGCCUCGACUCAGCCACCAAACACAAGGUCCUGCUGAGGGCCUAUCAGAGUGGACCUCCAUCUCCAGCCUCACCAACUGCACCUAGCUUACCUUCCAGCCCGACCACGUGAUGCUCCAGACCAGUACCAGACAUCACGUUACAGUACCAGACAUCACUUUACAGUACCAGACAUCACUUUACAGUACCAGACAUCACUUUACAGCACCAGACAUCACUUUACAGCACCACACAUCACUAUACAAUACCAGACAUCACGUUACAGUACCAGACAUCACUUUACAGUACCAGACAUCACUUUACAGCACCACACAUCACUAUACAAUACCAGACAUCACGUUACAGUACCAGACAUCACUUUACAGUACCAGACAUCACUUUACAGCACCACACAUCACUAUACAGUACCAGACAUCACUUUACAGUACCACACAUCACUAUACAGUACCAGACAUCACUUUACAGAACCAGACAUCACUAUAGCAUACCAGACAUCAUGGAGGUCUAAUCCUCCGUUCUGCACAUCACAGAGGUCAGGACUGGAGAAGCUGAACUGUUUCACAGAGCCUAUAUAACAUUUUUAAUGAGUAAUGUUACUGUGUGUACUGCUAGUAUGGAAGUAAUAAUCGGUUGAAUUGUUGUAGUAGUUUGAAAAUCAUGGCACAAAUGUGAUAAACAUAGUACUAGUGCAUCAAAAAAUUAGGAUAUCAGUGAAAAGUUACUUUAUUUCAGUGAUUCAGUUGAAAAUGUAUUUUAUUUCUUUUGUUGUUGAUGAUUAUGAAGCUUACAGCCGAUGAAAACCCAAAAAUCAGUGUCUUAGAUGGAUUAUUAGGUAGAUUUCAUUUUCCAGCAGGACUUGGCACACUGCCAAAAGUACCAAUUGGUCUUAUAUACUAUUCAAAUUUUCUGAGACACUGAUUUUUGGGUUUUCAUUGGCUGUAAGCUUCAUAGUAAUCAACAAUAAAAGAAAUAAACUCUUAAAAUAGAUCACUCUGUGUUUAAUACAUCUAUAUAAUAUAUAAGUGUCACAUUUUGAACCGAAUUACUGAAAUAAAGUUGAAUAAACGUUUCAAUGAUAUUCUGUUUUUUUUUUUUAUAUGGACUAGUGUAUAGUAUAUAGCAUACAGAGCAAUAAGAAACUCCAUGUUUUUGGCCUUUGGCUGAGGAAUGUAUUAAAUAUUCAUAUUUAUCUAUAAUUUCAACAUAACUCAACAGAGUAUCUCAUGUUAAUAAGCACUGGUAAUCACUGCAGAGAGACAGGUAGCAUGGGCCUGUGUAUGAAGCAGAGAACUGUAAUCCAACUCUUUUUAUUUUAAUCCAGUUUCAUAUCUGUAUUUGCUUUUGUGUUUUUCUUUAGAUUUUAGUUAGAUCUGAUUAAAUUAAUACAUAUGCUAUACAUAUAAUAAAUAAAUAUAUUUGGGAAUGUUUGUAAAUGUGUUAAAUUAAAGGUUUAGAGGAGAUAAACAUCUGUAUACUCUACCUGUACUCUGUGUUUUAAUGAAAAGGUUGUUUGAUUAUGUGAUUAUAGAUUAUAAAUUAUAGAUUAUAGAUUAUAGAGAGUGGUUGAAAAAGUGUUCACUGAUUGAUUAUUGGUCAUCCUUUGGAAAUCAACCCUUUUGCAAAUUUGCUACAUUUGAGGAUUUUCAUGAUAAUCUAGUCUUUUUAAGGGCCCAUAUUAUAUAUUUCUAUUUAUCACCGUUGUGUUUGUAUUUUGUGUCUAUGUAUAAUGUUUGAGUGGAUUUUGUGUAUUUAAUUUAUUUAAUUGGUUAUAGCAUAAAUAAAUUAUGCUAUAUAAUUACUCAGUGGAUGUUGCUUACUAUGCCUUGUGUUUCUUAUUAUGCGUCUUCAUAAUUCAACAUAAAUGAUUUCAUCAAAUAUGAAAAGCCUUCUGGCCUAGAUGGAGCAGAACAGGUCCAAACCAUGAUACUACCACCACCAUGCUUCACAGACAGAAUGAGGUUCUUAUGUGCUAAAUUGUGAUUUUUUUCUCCCUCCAAACAUAAUACUAAUAAUUUCAACCAACAAUAUAUAUUUUUGACAUUAACAUAUAUAUGUAACACAUCUAUGCAGAGUUAUAGAAAAUUCUAUAUUCUAAUUAUAAAUAAAGGGUUUUAAAAACUGUGAUAUGGGCUCUUAAAUGAUGUUAAAUAAGGGUAAAAUGUUUUUUUCUACUGGGUUGAGAUCCAAAAGGAGGGCCGUUGAUAUAGAGUACCUGUGAAAAAUUUGGAAACACCUUCUCAUUUAAUGUUUUUUUUUUUUGGUACAACUUUAAAACAAAGCUUCUUUAUAAAGGGUUUAUAAACAGUUUAUUAAAGGAGUUUAUCAAUGGUUAUACAUUAAGUUGUAAAUAAUAAAUAAUUAAAAAACAUGAAUAAGCAUUUAAUAAACAUAAAUAGAGAGACAACAUUGACAUGUAUUUAAUAAAAUAAUAUAGGAAGUCAGUUUAUUCAUUUAUUAUGUUAUUAUAGUUAAAUUAAUAAAGUUAUUAACAGAAAUGUUAAUAAUGACUGAUUGAAAAAGAUGAAAAGCAAAGUAAUAUAUGAAUCUAUUAAGAUAUGAUGUUUAACAGUAUAAAUUAAUGUGGAAUCACUAUUUAAUACAUGACAGGCCACUGUUGUCUUUACUAUAUAUGUGUUAUAACUGCUUAUUAAUGGUUUUUAACUUAAUUAAUAGCUACUAAUAAACUACUUUGUAAACUAUUUAUAAACCCUUUAUAAAUGAGCCUUAUUUUAAAGUGGUAUUAUUAUUAUUAUUAUUAUUAUUAUUAUUAUUAUUAUUAUUAUUAUUAUUAUUUAUUUAUUUAUUUAUUUAUUUAUUUAUUUAUUUAUUUAUUUAUACACUAUAGGUUCAUACUGAAUAUGGUCAAAUCUAUACAGUAAAACAUGGAAUUAUAUACAAAUAUAAUCUAUACUUUUUGUUUAAAGCUCACCUUCCGCGAAAAUCCGAUUUUUCUUGUUUUUUGUGGAAUACAGUAGGUCUCUCCGAGUUGAAUGUGUACACCUGCACAUUAAACUGUUUUGCAGCCCCCAUUGUCUGCAGGAGCUAAGCAAAGAAAUCCCCCCUCCCCCCUCCGAAAAACGGGUGAAUUUUGAAUUAUCUUUCUGCCUACGUAGGCAGAAACUCACAGACCAGCCCACCUUGGCUCGAGAAACUCCCAGAGGCGGAGCUGAAGCGACGCAACAUCACCGCUCAUCAGUUAGGAGGUGGGAGGCAGUGAGCGGCAGAGCGGUGGAGGGGCGUCGCAGUGCUCCUAGCCAAUCAGAGGAGAGAUAUUUGCAUGCUGUUUGCAUGUAUGAAUAUUCAUGAGCAAAGCUGGAAUCCGGUCAUUUUGGACACACCCCUAAAACAGUCCAUUAAAAAAGAGCUAUACAGAGACACCUGAGCACUUUUUUUUACAAAAACGGCUCACAUGUCAUUCAUUCAUACUAGAGACCACAACUAGACAUUUUAAAAUGAAAGAAAAAACGACGGAAGGUGACCUUUAACACAUAAUUUAAUUUGUGCUUCAUAUCAUAAUUCUAAUAUCUUCAAUAGUACCUAAAGAAAAUUAAUAUUAUUAUAUAAUGAUAUAAGAGAGGGUGUGUCCAAUCUUUUUAUUGGUACUGUGCAGCAUAUAUUGCACAGUGUUGAUAGAAGAUGUGAUAAUCAUAUGUGAUAUGUGUGUGUGUUUUGUAGAUGUGGCAGUAAUUCUAAAAGUUCUGUACAGCAGAAAUGAUAAAUUCUAUUUAUUUAUGUAUCAUAUAUUUAUUUCUGGAGAGCUGCAUCCAUGUAUAUUAUAUUCUCAGUCCGUCAGGCGUUCACAGAUCCCUCUUGUAAACAGAACAACAUAGUAAAUAUACAUAUAAAUCAGUCAUAAUUUCACUUCUUAGUUCUGCUGGGGUUUGUUUUUGUAAAAAAGUAAAAAUGUAUUGAGGGCUGUUUGAGUGCUGAAUUACUGUAAAUACUGUCUGUUCUUGUUUGUAUUUGAAAAAAAAUUGCAUUUUGCAUUUUUUUGCAACGUGUAAUUUGAAUUACAGAAGUGUUGAAUAAAGAAGAAAGAGUU